UAAUGUGUCGUGCGGAUGUAAGAAGUUUAGAUUUAAAAGUUGUAGUUUGUUAGUUUUGUGAGACGAAGGGAGAAAUCUAGGGUUUUAAGAUGUCCGAUUUCGAGGACGAAGUGGACCUGUUGGAGGAGGAAUUUACGAGGGCAACUAAAGUCAUCGAGUUGUGUCACGAUCAGUUUGAGCAGAAGGAAUUGCUGAAGUUCUAUGGGUUUUUCAAGCAAGCGACCAGUGGGAAGUGUAAUGUACCAAAACCGGGAAUCUUCAAUAUAUCAGGCCGAGCGAAAUGGUCCGCAUGGAAUGACCUGCUUGAGAUGACCAAAGAAUCAGCAAUGAAGGGGUACAUUCAGCAUUUGACUGGGUUGAAACCGGAAUGGGAUCAGAAUGUGGAAGGAGAAGAAUUUAAACCGCAGCAAGCUUCCUGGAUUUCGGUUUCAACAUUUGCUAAAGAAGAGCCCGUUCUUGGAACGGAGGAGCAGACAGUUGUUGAUUUUAUCAAAGAAGGCAACAUGGAAAAAGUGCAGAAAGUUUUCAAUAGCGAAGACAUCGGUACAGUCAUCAACGAACUGGACGACGAAGGUCUCGGUUUGAUCCAUUGGGCUGCCGACCGGGGUAAUGUGGAAAUCCUGCGGCUGGUCAUUCAAGUGCCUACGGUGAACAUUGAUCUGAAGGAUUCCGGAGGGCAAACAGCUCUGCACUAUGCUUCGAGCUGUGGAAAUCGAGAUUGCGUGAAAUUACUGGUGGACUACGGAGCAGACCGGACCAUUCCGGACGAGGAAGGCGAAACUUGUGUGGAUGUCGCUUUCGAUUCCGAUAUUAAAGCAAUUCUGACGUGAGUAC